GCGGUGUAGCUAGCAUGCUACAAGCUAGCACAAUAAAAGAAGACGACAUGACUCAAACAAACCCAGUGCGGUGAUCCCACUGAAGAUGUUAUAGCAUAAGAAACGUACUAUUCGUCUCCGCGUUUGUGUCUGCUGCUCUCCUGGUGUCAGUAAGGAUAGCUAACAUUAAUGGUGAGUGAUGGCGGUCGAACAAUUUGUGUCAAAGACACUCGAGCUCCUCCAAGAAGAGAGGGAGGCUGAAAUAGAGGAGACCAGGAUAUGGCAGGAGAACGUCGCGCUGAAGGAUCUUCAAAAUAAAGGCGUUUGCCUGCUGAAGUUGCAAAUAGGAAGUCAGUCCACAGGCCUGUAUGGUCGCACCAUCGUUGUCCUCGAGCCAAGAAAGCAUCUUGGUUUCUUAUCCCUGCCAAGCAACAGCUUUGGACCUGGGGACAUAGUUGGCUUGUACGACACCAGCGGAUGCACCGCAGACUCACAGAUCAGCACAGGAAUAGUGACGAGGGUCAGUCAGGCUUCUGUGAGUGUGGCAUUUGACGAUUCGAAGGAUGGCCUCAGCUUUGAUACAGAUGCUCUUUACAACCUCUUAAAGUUGGCAAACGAUGUCACCUACAAACGAAUGAAAGAUGCCUUGAAUGCAUUAAAUGGAUAUGGCAACGGACCCGCUGGAAAUUUGAUAAACGUUCUCUUUGGAGACAGUAAACCGUCGUGUCAGUCACAGCCAAAUGCAGUCGAAUUCUUUAACUCAAAUCUGGACGACUCCCAAAAAGAAGCUGUGACAUUCACUCUGUCACAGAGAGAACUGGCUGUGAUUCAUGGACCACCAGGCACUGGGAAAACCACCACAGUGGUGGAGAUCAUCCUGCAAGCAGUCAAACAAGGCCAAAAGGUCCUGUGCUGUGCCCCGUCUAAUGUGGCUGUGGAUAAUUUAGUGGAGAGGUUAGCCCGGUGCAAGGCAAAGGUCCUGAGGCUGGGUCACCCUGCCCGACUGCUGGAAUCCAUUCAGAAACAUUCACUAGACGCCAUCCUCGCUCAGAGCGACAAUGCAAACAUCAUCAUGGACAUCCGUAAAGACAUCGAUAAAGCUUUUAUGGGAAUGAAGAAGAUGCGUGAAAAAGGAGAACGGAUGAACUUCAAAAGGGAAAUCGGGGAGCUAAGAAAAGAGCUGAAAACCAGGGAGGCAACAGCCAUCACCCAGAUCCUGAAAAGUGCUGAUGUUGUGUUGUCAACCAACACAGGUGCUUGUCUUGAUGGACCUCUGAAGUUCCUGCCAGCUGAGCACUUUGAUUGGGUGGUGAUAGACGAGUGCGCUCAAGCACUGGAGAGCAGCUGCUGGAUCGCCCUGCUCAGAGCACGAAAGUGCAUUCUGGCUGGAGAUUACAAGCAGUUACCACCUACCAUCAAAUCACAAAAGGCUGCAUCCAAAGGCCUGUCCCUCAGUCUUAUGGAGAGACUUAUCCAGAUGUACGGGGACUCAGUGGUCCGCAUGCUAACGGUUCAGUACCGCAUGAACAGUGCCAUCAUGGAGUGGGCCUCCAAAGAGAUGUACCAGGGCAGACUAACAGCUCACAGCUCUGUAGAGACACAUCUGUUAAAAGAUCUACCAGGAGUCAGCUGUGUUGAGGAGACCAGCACACCGCUGCUUCUGAUCGACACCGCAGGCUGCGGCCUGAGUGAGAUGGAAGUCACAGAUGAGCAGUCCAAAGGCAAUAAAGGUGAGGUAGAAAUUGUUGAACUGCACAUCAAGGCCUUGACUGAAGCUGGGCUGAAAGCUAAAGACAUCGCCGUCAUUGCUCCAUACAAUCUACAAGUGGAUCUUCUGCGUCAGAAACUCUCUGCGAAGCAUCCAGACCUGGAGAUAAAGUCAGUGGAUGGAUUUCAGGGCAGAGAGAAAGAGGCCGUGGUGUUGUCUUUAGUUCGCUCUAAUAGAAAAGGGGAGGUUGGAUUUCUGGCAGAGGACAGGAGGAUCAAUGUGGCUGUUACACGUGCGAGACGUCACAUCGCUGUAGUGUGUGACACACAAACAGUCCAAAAUCACGCCUUCCUGAAAUCCCUCAUCAGUCAUAUGACUGAGUUUGGCGAGGUCAGAACAGCGUUUGAGUACAUCCAAGACAUCGUGCCACAGAACUACACCCGCGACCACAAAGACACAAAGACCAACACGUCUGCCGGCAGCUCAUCCAAACAGAAGGGUAAAGACCAGCCUCCCAGCAAGGCCAAGCAAGGACAAAAGAAGCCCUCUGUUCACAGCGGUAAUGAAAACACUGCUCAUGUUAAGCACAGUAAGUCCAGCAUAACAGCACUGACAGAGGAAGAGCAGAAUAAGAAGAGAGACAGUGAGAUCAGAGAGCAGGUGGAGAGCUUCCUGAAGGAUUUAAAUCAGACUGAACUGCAGUUUCCACCGUCAUUUAACUCUCAUGACCGUCUGCUGGUCCACCAGAUCGCUGAGGAACUGGGGCUUGUGCAUGAGAGUAAAGGUGAGGGCAAAGACAGGUGUAUUACUGUGUCCAGGCCUCUGGAUUCAACACCAGCUGAAGAACCAACACAAGAAGAAACAAAAGAAGAAGCCCAUGAAGAGGAAACGGUCCCAAAUCCUCAAAGAGAGCGUCCGUGUCAACCUCCGUUAGACUUAAAAAGUUUGCACUUGGAGCGAAUGAAGAGGGAGCAGCAGAAAAGGGAAGAAAGUGUUCAGCAGAAAAAGCAACAGAACAACAUCCCAGCAGCUCUGACAUCAAAGAAACCCAAAUCAGCUAAAGGAAAGAGCCGAAUGAAAGCGGGCGUCUGCGACAUCGCUGCUGCCGCUGCCCCGGAAGAUGACUUUGACGCACUUAUCGAUGCCGUCAAGAAGGCUGAGAGUGUGUGCAGUUUUGUCAAGUGUAAGGCUUCGGUGCUAACUCUUGGACAGCUGUGCCUGUUCUGCAACAGGCAGUAUUGUCUCAGUCAUCAUAUACCAGAGGUGCACGGCUGUGGAGACAAAGCCAAGUCUCACGCUCGGAUGAGAAUAAGCAAAGAAGGCGUUCUUUAUGCUGGUAGUGGGAAGAAAGACAAAUCCAUGGAUCCCAGUAAGAAAGCCUACCUGCAAAGAAAACUGGACUCUAAACUGAAAGAAAUGGCGUCACAGAGGAAAACAAAAAAAGAGGACAGUAAAUAAAACCAAAUCGACUCUUUGAAAGAGCAGAAGUGAAGACUUUGUUUUGAACAUGAUUAAAUAUUUAAAAUGUGGUCAAUUGGCUGUCAUCUUGUUUGAUAAAUAUUACAGUCUGA